AUGAAGCAUAAAAAGCUCAUGAGGGAUACCGAAACCUUUGUUGGCACGGCUAAAAAGUGCAAUUCACCUCUGAUUUGCGAUAAACGCUCGGAAAAGAAAAACCCAGUUAUUAAAUUUCUACAGAAUGUCCAGCCUACAUACCCCAUACUGGACUUCAGCGCCACGGCGGAGCAGGGGGUGCGCCGCACGAUGGAGGACCAAUACGUCAUGCUAGGCGACGGGAUACCUUUCUUUGCCAUCUACGACGGACACGGCGGAACGCAAUGUGCCGAGUACCUGCGCGACCACCUCCACAAGCUCAUCUUAGGCCAUCCUGAGAUCAUGUCGAGCCCAGAAAAGGCUAUCUGCGAAGGGAUAACCAAAGCAGAUCAACAGUUUUUGCAGCGCUGUAAAGAGGAGAACAUCGAAUCUGGCAGCGUAUGCGUUGUCGCACUGUUUAUAAACGGCGACCUUGUGGUCGGCAACGUGGGUGACUGCGAGGCGGUGCUCUGUCGGAGAGGGUCCUUAAGGAUCCUCACCAAGGUGCACAAUCCGAAUCGCAACGCCGCCGAGUUGGAGAGAGUUGCGUCCGCCGGGGGGCGGCUGUUCAACAAACGUUUGGGCCACCCAAAGUUUAAUCCGCGUCUGUGUAGCCUCGCCGUGUCGCGUGCGUUGGGGGAUGCUGGCUUCAAAUUUGAUGACUACACAGGGGGAAUGCCCUCCGGCUUGAUUUCCGACGCAGACACAUUUCGGGUAACUUUGGAACCAGAAGAUGACUUUUUACUCAUAGGAUCUGACGGACUGUGGGAUGUUAUGUCGUAUGAGGAAGCGACGGAAUGUUGCUAUGAGCUUUUAAAAAGAGGAAAAUCUCCAAAGUGCAUUACAGACACCCUUGUUAGCCGGGCGUUGAGCAAGGGAACGACUGAUAACGUUAUUGUGGUGUUUGUGCGAUGCAGUUUGACCCCUUCUAGUACCAUUCCCGACUACUUGACGCAUAGCAGUAUUAAAAACAGGAUUAUCUGA